UAGUAGCAGCAGUAGUAGAUGUAGCAGUAUUAGUAGCAGCAUUAGUAGAUGUAGCAGUAGUAGUAGAUGUAGCAGUAGUAGGAGUAUUACUGGUGGAUGUAGCAGUAGAUGUAACAGUAGUAGUAGAUGUAGUAUUAGUAGUAGUAGAUGUAGCACUAGUAGUAGUAGUAGAUGUAUUAGUAGAUGUAGCAGCGGUAGUAGUAGUAGAUGUAGUAGAUGUAGCAGUAGUAGUAGAUGUAGUAUUAGUAGUAGAUGUAGCAGUAGUAGUAGUAGAUGUAGUAGUAGUAGUAGUAGAUGUAGUAGUAGUAGCAGCACAAAUAGAUGUAGCAGUAGUAGUAGGUGUAGCACUAGUAGUAGUAGUAGAUGUAUUAGUAGUAGUAGUAGAUGUAUUAGUAGUAGUAGUAGAUGUAUUAGUAGUGUUUUCUAUCACUUUCCUGCACUUUUCAGUCCUGUUGUAAGGUAGUGUGCAGUAUGCUAUCUGAUUGUAAGCCGAAUGUUAAAUUCCUGUGUACUCUUAUAUUUAGUAAACAAUGAAAGUGUUAUCGUUAUAUCGAAGGCAACACACUGAAACUGUUCUCAGACCAGCGUUUCACAGCCUUCUGUCUUUUUGCCCGGGUCCACGUACCCACUACGUCACUUCCUGUUUGACGAUGAUGGCGGUCGAUUUGACUCCGAGGUUUAGAAGGCUGAAUAGUCAAACGAGAUGUUUUAACGAAAAGAAACAUCCAACAGGACCGUUUAGAGCGACACAGCUGUGGCGUAACAUCAUAGAGGCCUUACAGACGCAGGUGGAGGUCAGGCGUCGUCGGCAGCACUUGCGAGUACACAGAGACUGCUUCACUGGCUCUGAUGCUGUCGAUGUGGUUCUCAGCCACCUCAUGCAGAACAUCUAUUUCUGCACCAGUGACGUGACCCGCCUCAAAGCUGUCAGGCUUUGCCAGGCCCUCAUGGACGCCCGAGUGUUCGAACCUGUUGGUGUGAAGCUCUUUCGCAGGGAAAAAGAGCUGGUCUUUGAGGACUCUGGCUGUAGUCUCUAUCACUUUCUGGAUUCUGAAGGCCUUCCUGGAUCAGCCAAGUGCACUGGUGAUAUGGAGAAUGAAACACCCGUGAAAGAAAAUGGAAAGAAGAAGAAAGGGUCCAGGUUUGAUGACUUAAAGACCAUCUCCAACCCCUUGGCCCUGGGAUCCUCAGACAGAAGGGUGGAGAGAAUACUGAAAACCAUUAACCUCCAGCCGUCGAUGCCUUCUGGCCUGAAUCGUGUUGGUUUAUCUACUACCUACCUCUCAAAGCAAGUGGUACAGGAAGUGUGGAAACAACAAACCCUUCUCCAGCUGUUGCAGUUAGUGGAGGUGGCUGUGUUGGACUGCGUCCUGACAUCACCCUCAAAACCUGCUCCUCUUCGCAUGCGUUUGCUGAAGAACCAUGACCUGGUCAUCUCCAACACCUGUGUGGACCGAGAGGUGUCCCAGGUCCUCAACCUGCCAGAACUGGACUCGUGGCUGAUGGCGGCUGCAGACUGUCUGGAGCUGUUUCCAGAUGAGGUGAUAGUGGCGACGGGAGAGCAGCUGCUUCAGGUCCAUGCUGCGGACGGUGACGAGAAGCUGGGCGCCUACAAGAAACUAUUAUUCGACACAAUAGCAAAGUACUACAACAAUCAGGAGAGAGUUCCCCUGCUGGCUGGACGCUACAUGGACAUCCAUACAGGCAUCCUUAAGCUACUGGACUCAGGUAGGGCUGAGGAUGCUCUAAAGGCAUCUCAGCUGUGUCUGCGACUUCUGGACGCCAGCUCCAGAAACGAGCUGCGCAGACUCCUGGCCUUCAUGGCUGAAGCUGCAGACCCCAAGGCCUUCCAGCUUCACAAAACGAUGGAGAACAGGGCCCUGAUCAGCAGGACGUUCAUGAAGGCUGUGCUUCAGAGUAAAGAUAUGUCUCGUGCCCAGUGUGAGCAGCUCCUGCUGUUUCUCAUGGACCACCAUUUACAUCUGUUCAAGACACCGGUGUCUCUCACCGAGGCGGUGACGAAGGCCCUGCAAACCUUGCAGCAAGGGCGCGAUCUGGAUAAUGUAGCACUGUUCACGUUCUGUCAGCAGAUGUCGACACAGCAGUUUGAGGAACAGCGAGAGAAGAGCACAUUCGAGAGCCUCAAACAGCUCAUUGUACAUAUUACGCUUAGUAAUGAGCUGUCAAUCAAACAGAGGAGGAAGCUCAUUAAGGAGUUUCAGAAGCACCACCCAGCAGUGUUUCUCCACCAUUUCUCCUCCACCUUUUAGAACAUGCUGCAUAGUUUCUCCAAGGAAGGCUCUUUUCAUUUACUUGGUAGAAACAUAGCCAUAAGAUGUUUAUGCUUUAAACAGAAACAGAUCUAUUUUUAGUAUGUAAACGUAAUUCAGUAGUAUAACACUGGCAAAUUGUGCCUAAGUAUUUGUCCUCCAGCUGCACCGCACACAUUGAGUUCUGACAGCGAAUAGAUAUCGCAGAACUACACCUAACUAGAUCUCUUAAACAAAUCAUUCUUAAAACCCGGAACCUUUUACAGUGACGCUGAUCUUUGGCAGGUUAUCACCUGCUCCAAUGGUCACAAAAGGUAAUCUGCCCCAAUUAUGAUCGAGAAGAUAUGGUCCUAAAUGUUGCAAUACUAUUUUUAGAUGCCAGCUGUACUAGAAGCAGACUCCUGCAGUUCUUUUUCAGCUCAGAAGAAGUACAGGGUGUCCCAAAAGUCUCCAUAUAUAGGGGAAAUUAACACUUUCUAGCAAAAUGUCUUCCAAAAUUUUUCAUAGUUAGUUUAUUUUAUAUAUAUUUUUUCUGAUAGCCUUUAAGAAUGCCUUUGACAAAAGAAGAACGUAUUGAAAUCAUUCUCAUGGCUGGAUCAGGAAGCUGUGUCUAAAUUGCGAUAGACUUUAACAGGAAACAUGGCAAGCACAUUACACACACGACACUGUUGCCAAACUUAUUAACAAAUUCAAAAAGACUGGAAGUGUUGCAGACCAACCGAGAAGUGGUCGUCCAUGAACAUCCACUGACGAAGACAUGUAUGGUAUGUAGCUGUAUGUUUGGAGACUUUUGGGACACACUUUAUAAUUGCAGUUGUUCAGCUUGUUUAGAUGUUUUUCAGGCACAUCAUUAUUGUUUGUUGCCUUCGUCACUGUUUUUGUCUUUUCUUCUUCUUGCCGAAAUUCCACAGCUGAGAAUUACUUGAAUGGACGUACGUACAUGCAAAUAGUCAGGGAUAUGCUCAGUUAGACAAAAAAAGUUAUUUUUUAAAAAUAUAUAGUUGGGUCAGGUUUCAUUAGACAGUAAUAGUAGUAGAUACACUGGACGUUAAAUGUAGAAAUGUGAUUUUAUGCCUUAAAACCUAGGAUCUGUGUAGUUUUGGGGCAAUUAGUGGUUUUCUAAUGUAGAAAAUGAUCUCUUAUGAAAUAUAGUACUUAAUUUAUUUUAACUAUUCAUGACACUAAUGCUUACAUUUCAAAUGUAGAAAAAUAAUUUUAUUUUCUCUUUGAAACGAAAGUGAGUUUUAAUAUUAUACAUCUUUUUGCUUAACAGUGAUUGUCGGUUUCAUGAAUAUUUCAGUGGUUAUAUUGGGGUGCAGAAAUUGUAAGAGAAAAUAAUCAGAGCCUGUAUAGGUGGUACACUAAUAUUAAGGUUGUGUUCAUUUUAAAAUUGCUUAUGUGCACUAUAUGGCCAAAAGUAUGUGGACUCCUGACCAUCAAACCCAUAUGUGCUUACUGAACAUCCCAUUUCAGAUUUAGUCCCCUUUUGCUGUUAUAACAGCCUCCACUCUUCUGGGAAGGCUUUGUGAUCAUUCAGCCACAAGAGCAUUAGUGAGGUCAGGCACUGAUGUUGGCUGAGGAGGUUUGGGGUGCAGACUGCAUGUCAGUUCAUCCCAAAGGUGUUCAGUGGGGUUGAGGUCAGGGCUCUGUGCAGGACACUCGAGUUCUUCCACUCCAACCUUCUCAAACCAUGUCUUCAUGGAGCUCGCUUUGUGCACAGAGGCAUUGUCAUGCUGGAGCAGGUUUGGGUCUCGUAGUUCCAGUGAAGGAAAACUGCAAUGCAAUACAAGGACAUUCUAUACAAUUGUGUGCUUUCAACUUUGUGGCAACAGUUUGGGGAAGGAACACAUAUGGGUGUGAUGAUCAGGUGUCCACACACUUUUGGCCAUAUAGUGUAGAAGCACUUUAAAUUUCUGGUAUGUAUUUGAAAUGUAGCCAAGUUGCAGUGUGUCCGUUUGCCUUUGUGAUUUUUGGAGCUGCUGUAACAGUGUCGAUACAUGAUUUUGAAUAAAUAUUGCUGAAAUAAGAAUCAUUUGUAGCUAAUCUGAUGAUAAUUAUUGACCCUGGGUGUCCUAAAAAAACCCAUAAACCUAACUAUGAAUUUUUAACUAUGAAAAUUAUAUAUUAAUUUUAAAAUACAUGUGUGUGUGUGUGUGUGUGUGUAUUAUUUAUUAUAAAUGUGUUUUAUUUUUAAAAUGUGCUGGUUAUGCUGUAACCUGUUGUCUAAGUUGUAGUUAUUUUCUAUAUUAUUAUUAUUAUUA